GAAACUGUCGAUGCCAUGGAGAACAGGAAGACGAUUCGCGCCCUUAUCGACAAAUUUCUGACAUCUCUGAAGAUUCAAAACACAGACCACAACGCAAGCAUCAGCAGGGAUGAACUGCACAGAGCUUUUGAGGAGGCAGGGAUCACGUCGCUAACGGAUGGCGAAAAGAAGAAGCUGUUUGGCGAGGGACAUUACGUCGAUCAACUUUUUGAUCAAAUGGAUGCGGAUAAGGAUGGACAGCUAACCUACCAAGAGGUCCAUGAAUUCUUUGGCAACAAGGGUUUCCAUUGGUUGACCAGGUGUUUGGGAAGGAGGAAAGAACAGACCACGAGUUUGAAAGACUACACCAUGAAAUAUAUGGAUCUGCUCGGUGUUCUCGGUAAAAAGGUCUACUGUAAGGCUCUCGACGUGGAUAGAAGUAUUGGUGUGGACAGCGACUACGUGAAGACCACAGACUUCACACUGGACAACGAGGACAAAAUCUUCCUGUUUAAGAGAGGAGCCAGCGGUGCUCGCGCCUUUUUACGGACCUACAUCACAAAACACGAGCUCCGGCCCACCGUGCCUACCCCGGAGACCCGCCGGAGGAGCAGCGUUCUCUUCGCGCCCUACGUCCUGGCCAUGAAAACCAUCAGACAGCUCAAGGGCAAAAGAUCUGCCCAAGUUGCGGUGUCCAUUUAGCUCAGUAUGGUCAACAAGGUGGCUAGUCUCCUUCGCAGACUUCUUGGAGCGCCGGUGGUCACUUACUUCCCAGCAUUACUAAUUAGAAAACCUAAUGGCUUAGCCCAUGUUGAAAAUCUUUGUUGCUAUAUCUUUGUUGUUCUGGACAUUGCAUGAUUUACUUCUAUUUGCUUUUCUUUAAAUAUUGUUGUAAAGAACUUUAUACAUCAUUAAAUAUAUAGGAUAUAUAGCACAUUGUUAAGUAUUUACCAAAUAUCAUAAAAAUAUAUACAUUCAACAACUUGUUUUCGAAGGAUCUGAACUAGACAUGGCUAUAUCGCUAGGGCGGCUUGAAUGUAAACUUUUUCUAUCUUGAAUUGGGUUCGCACUUACAAAAGUGGUGUGUGGUAGCAGAGGCUAAUGGGAAGAUUGCGUCCUUCCUAUCAUAUUCACAGUUUUAUUCUGCCCGCCCGAUUAGAAGAAAAACCGGGUACAUGACAUCAUAUCUUUCCCACCAACCUCUGCUUAAAGAGUAUGUUGUUAUACAUUUAAAUCACUGACCUAUCAAAAGCUAUUUCAGUAAGUAUGUGUAACGCUAAUUCGCCUUUAUCCGCAGGGUAAAUUUUAUCCGUUGUCCGCCGACUUUGUAUCCCUAAAUACUUCGUUUAAAAAUGGGAUUAAGGUAAACAAUUAUCUUAUCGAUCCUCUGAAAACUCCCGGCAGGGAAAUCGCCUAUGUGGCAGAACAUGUGCUCAUGUUAACAUUCAAAAGCAACAACUCAACAUGCCUACCGUGCAUAAGUAAUUGUCAGACAAUGCCUUGACAUGUCACAAGACCUGAAAUUGCUUCUGUCCUAAAUGGCGUUGAAUAAACAAUAACAAACAAAAUGGCGGCUUUGUAUAGAAUCUGGUAACCAGCAGGUGGAGCUUUUUGAGCCUUUUAGAACGCUCAAAAUAUGUGCCCAGGUUCUUUCUUCCACUCGUGGUCUUUAAAACGCCUGAUUUAUUUAUUUUACUACAUCUUCACUUUCCUUAAGAUACAAAUCUUGCCCAUAUGUGUCAUGAUGCUACAGUUUAGUGACCCUUAAUAUCGGUUAGGCAUAGCUUUUCCUUGGGGAGAUGUGAGCAUUUUGGAAUAGCCCACUUUUGCACUGGGUAGUUUUGAGAAGAGAUACGUUUCACCGUUCAUCGCUCUCAGGACAAUAUGGCAAAAAUACACGACCUGUUAGACCGCAAAUUUCUAUCAAGAUUGAAAACACACAUUUUACAAUCAUUUUGAAAACAUGUAAAUCGCACAGCCAUCCAAGCAAUAGCGACAGGGUUCCUUCUGAGAAAAGACUGCCUCUUGGCAAACCGGUUUUCCCAGGGUUAUCAGGUGAUAUAAUACGACAGCCUCAGUGAAAGGCCACAUUUUUUCCGAGCGGCUUUUCAAGUCAACAAGAAAACUACGAAGGCCUCUGCAACCUGUAAAAAAGACCUUCACUGCCCCCUAAUUUUCCUCAGCCAAUUAAGUGAAGAUUACAGGGAAGAAGAGGUUGGUAGGGCCAGGGUUUUAUGUUUACAACAAUGGGGAGUGUGUUCGCAAAACCAAUGGAGGAGAAGAAACCGCUGGAUCUGACUGUAAUAGACGACCCGCAGGACA